AUGAAUCUAAAUCAUCUUUCAUCAAUGGCUUAUAAUGUCACUCAAAAACAUGGUACAGAACCAGCAUUUUCAAGUCCAUUACAUAAUAAUAAGAAAAAGGGUACAUACACAUGCGUAGUUUGCAAUAUACCAUUAUUCAGUUCAACUCAUAAAUUUGAUAGUGGUACCGGUUGGCCUAGUUUUUAUAGUCCAUUGAGUGAGGCUAAUAUUGCUUCAAAAACAGAUUAUGAAAUAGGUUAUCCUCGAACUGAAGUUCAUUGUGCAAAGUGUGAAGCACAUUUGGGUCAUGUUUUUAAUGAUGGUCCAAAACCUACUGGUCUUCGUUAUUGUAUUAAUGGUGUUUGCUUAAAUUUUAUACCGCAAUAA